ACGGUCACGCUGAUCAACAACAUCUCCGACACGUCAGAAUAUAUUCUUCAGAAUAUUUGUUUUUUGUGGGGAUAUUUGCACAGCUGUCGUUUUGUGUUAGACAAAACUGGGAAGUACUCGCCAUAAUCACACACUUGGAGCCAUGGCGCAGAACGUGGCCCUGCUGGGAUUGGCUCUGAUUGCGAUUUCCGCCUCGAUCUCCACGGUUGUUGCCCUGCCCGUGACGCAGAACAAGAAGAGCGAUCACAAGGAGUCGGAUUCCUCCACUCCGGCCACCGCGGACGUGGAAACGGCUUUGGAGUACGAGCGCUAUCUUCGGGAGGUGGUCGAGGCCCUCGAGGCCGAUCCUGAGUUCCGGAAGAAGCUGGACAAGGCUCCGGAGGCCGAUAUUCGGAGUGGCAAGAUCGCACAGGAACUGGACUACGUGAAUCACCAUGUUCGCACCAAGCUGGACGAGAUCAAACGUCGCGAAGUGGAGCGUCUGCGAGAAUUGGCUAACCAGGCCUACGAGCUCUCCAACGACAUUGACCGGAAACACCUGAAGGUGUCGCAGCAUCUGGACCACGACAACGAGCACACCUUCGAGAUCGAGGAUCUGCGCAAGCUGAUCCAGAAGACCUCCGAUGACUUGGCCGAGGCGGAUCGCAAGCGGCGGGGCGAUUUCAAGGAGUACGAAAUGCAGAAGGAAUUCGAGCGGGAGGCGCAGAAAAAGGAGAUGGACGAGGAGUCGCGCAAGAAGUUCGAAUCCGAGGUCAAGGAGAAGGAGCAGAAGCACAAGGAUCACGAGAAACUCCACCACCCGGGAAACAAGGCCCAACUGGAGGAUGUGUGGGAGAAACAGGACCACAUGGACAAAAAUGACUUCGAACCGAAGACUUUCUUCUCUAUUCACGAUGUUGACAGUAAUGGCUACUGGGACGAGGCGGAAGUCAAGGCAUUGUUUGUCAAGGAACUGGACAAGGUCUACCAGAGCGAUUUGCCCGAGGACGACAUGAGGGAGCGAGCCGAGGAAAUGGAGCGAAUGCGCGAGCACUACUUCCAGGAGACCGACACCAACCACGAUGGUUUGAUCAGCAUCGAAGAGUUCAUGGUGCAGACCACCAAGGAAGAGUUCCAAAAGGACCCUGAGUGGGAGACGAUCGACCGCCAGCCACAGUACACGCACGACGAGUACCUGGAGUACGAGCGCCGUCGCCAGGAGGAGGUGCAGCGCAUGAUCGCCGCCGGCCAGCUUGCGCCGCAUCCGAACAUGCCGCAGGGUUACUACCCUGCUCCACCACCUGGAGGCGUAGCGUACCAGCAGCCGCCACCGGCAGGCGGACAACUGCAUUACCAGCAACCUGACCAGGUACACGCACAACAGCAACAGCAAUACGCACAGCAACAACAGCAGUACGCCCAGCAAUACCAGCAGCAGCAGUACGGACAUCAACCGGUGCAGCUGCAUCCCAAUCAGGUGUACCAGCACGCUGGACAGAUUCCGCAGCAACAGCAGCCUGUAUACCAACAGCAGCCCGUUUAUCAGCAGCAGCAACCCGUGCAUCAGCAACAGCAACCUGUGCAACAGCAGCAACCUUUGCAGCAACAACAGCAGCAACCUUUGCAACAACAACAGCAGCAACCUUUACAACAGCAACAACAGCAACCUUUGCAACAACAACAGCAACCUGUUCAACAACAACAGCAGCCUGUGCAACAGCAACAGCAACCUGUGCAACAGCAACAGCAGCCUGUGCAACAGCAACAACAACCUGUGCAACAGCAGCAGCAGCAACAAGUUCACAAUCAGAGUCCUCCACCAGCCCAAAAUCAACAGCUGCCAGUUCAGCAGCAACAAAAACAACAUCAGGAAACAGCAAAUCAGGCAAAUCAGCAACAUUAAACAUUCCUUUGCUGCCGCAUUUUAUUAAGGCCAUGCAAGCAAGGCAUUACAAACCUUUGGUAACGAGAACACAAUGUGAUUGGACUGAAAUAGCUAAUUAAAAUCAAUAUAUCUCACUAUGGUUAUGUAGAACAUUUACAAUGAAAAAUUUAUUUCUUUUAAAAUUGUAAACUUCUAUCUUUUUGUACUUUGUUCUCGCCUAUCGUAGUUCUGCAUUUGCGCGAUGUAUUUUUUUAACGAAUUUUUUGUACAUAUGAGUUUAUGCAUUAAAUACCAGAUACAUAAUAAAUGCAGUAAAACUAAA